UUUUCUUUUUCUCAUCAAAGCCGAUUCAAUUAUUCACAUUACACUUCUAUUAACAUUCAUCAACAAACUCUAAUAUCAUGUCUGGUCGUGGAAAAGGUGGAAAGGGUCUCGGAAAGGGAGGUGCUAAGCGCCAUCGCAAGAUUCUUCGUGACAACAUCCAGGGCAUCACCAAGCCUGCCAUCCGUCGUCUUGCCCGUCGUGGUGGUGUGAAGCGUAUCUCUGGUCUCAUCUACGAGGAGACCCGCUCUGUCUUGAAAGUUUUCCUUGAGAAUGUCAUCCGCGAUGCUGUCACUUACACUGAGCAUGCCAAGCGCAAGACUGUUACCUCUCUUGACGUUGUCUAUGCUCUGAAGCGCCAGGGUCGCACUCUCUAUGGUUUCGGUGGAUAAAUUCACACACACUCUCUUCGUUCCCCCUUCCUCCCGGGACGUUGUUCCAUCAACUCUAUCUCAUUAGCAAUUUCAUUUUGUUACACCACUCUUGAAAUUUAUUCACAAGAACAACAGUGCAGAGUUGCAUUGAGAAACCAUCAGUUUGUUUGUGUCCUUUGAUAGUUCUUACGUCUAGUGUUCAAUCCGGAAAAAAAAAUAAAAUUCAAUUAUACUCCG